GCCGCCGCCGCCGCCGCGUCGUCGUGUGGUGCCGCUGCCGAAGUGCCGAACAGCAGUGCAGAGGUUCAGACAGUACAGUGCUGUWACUCUGUUAGUGUUCGGCGUCGAUCGUAGCUGCGGUCGCGUCCUAAACCGGAUGCCGGAAAGAACAAAAAAAUCAAUUUAAAAGUCGUCAGUGGUUGUUCUCCUUCGGUGGGUUGCCGUAGCAAUUGCGUCCCGAUUUAUUCGCCCGGCCCCACGAAAACGUGUCGACAACCACAUUAAUCCUGCGACACAUUGUCGACGCGUAUUUUCCUCCCGUACGGGUUCACUCGGAUUCUUAGCGUUCGCGUUCGGUAGUAUUACCACGGGGGCCGUCGCCGGAAUGUGCCGCGCUGAGUGAGAUAUUACCGUGUUGCGCGAUUAUGUUGUGGAAACCAUCCAGCGCGUGCAGUUCUCGUCGAUGUGCAGCAAACACUUACGACGGAUUACUAUCGUGAAAACAGUUACAUUCUAUAAAAUUGUCUGUCGUUAGUUUGUGGAUAUGGCUGAAAACAUUGCGUUCAGUGACUGGUCGGAAAAGCUUGACACUGCUGGAACUAAUCAUUGGCUUCCUGCUUACGGGUUCCAGCAACCGCCAGUGGCGAUGGUUGGCAAUAGCCUCCAACAAAACGAUCMCACAUUCGACGCUAACCCYCGUGAUCACACUGAAUUUUUUGACGACAACAAUGAAGACGAUGUUUGCGAUAACAGUGACGAAGAUAACUGGUCAUCGUUCAAUCAAAGUAGUUAUGGAGGAAACAUCGUAAGCAGUACAUCUUAUAUUUUUCUAGAAACGAUCCUUGAAGAAACAUCUGAUGAUUUACGGACGGAUUCAGAAAGAAGUAGUGAAGAAGAUUUUAUAAAGGAAGAAAACUGGUCUAUGAUAAACCGUGGUGACCCAUUUAACUUGUUCAAAUCAAGCAACAAUAAUAAACAGGCGACCAUCAGGAUGUAUGACAAUAACGAUCCUGGCGUGCACGACGACGAUGACAACGACACGGUAUUAUUCUACAGGGACAACCUGCAGGAUCACCAUUUAUGGACGGCUGGUGCUGGCGGGGGGCCGCUAACCAAUGGUUGUGGGGGUGGUAGCCUGUUACAGUUCGAGAGCCUGGAGAAACAAUGCGAACAAACCGUGUUCCGGACGACGGCCACCGCAACGCCGUUCAUGACCAACAGCGCAGAGUCCCUGACUGCCGCCCAACGGCCGGCCGGUUUGCCGCGCCGGAACAACUUAAAACAAUCCGCGAUGGAUGACGAUUGCGGUACUACCAUGGACGACGACGAAGCUGUGUUAUGCAGUACGCCGUUUUCGAGUUACGCGGGCGACGGGUCUAGCAUCAAGUCGCUAAGCAAGAGUAUGGAGAGCGUGCACUCGACUGCAAGCAAGAAACGAUGCAACAACAAUUGCAGAGAUGGCAUGAACGAUGUGUCACAGAGUUUGGAUGAGCUGCGUCUGUGCGGCAGGGACGACGGUCAGUAUGACUCUGCGGCGGCGGCCGUCGGAGCGACGUGUGCCGUGGCCCAACCGGCCACCGGUAUGUACAAAACGGUUGACUGUCUUAUCGAUCCUGCGUAUCGCGAGAAAAUGGACGACGACGACGACGACGAUGACGUAGAUGAAACGGACAAUAAAAAACCGGAAGACGCUAUACAGGGGGUAGGAUGUAAGCAGCAACGAUCGUCUGAAAACUUAAGCGAAGAUAGUGGUUUCGGGGAUCAGGUUCCCCGCGGUCCUGCCAUACUACAAACGUAUAAACCCAUCGCCGAAGACGAAAACUAUUUUGAGAUGUCGACGAAGAGCGUCGCGACGAUCGCCGCCGCCGCCGUCGGUUCUGCCACGACCGCGCAGUGCUCUGUCACCGCCAAGGGGAAGGGGACGGACGACGACGACGACGAUGGCGACGACGACGAGAUGAAAUCUAAAUUUAGCGCAGCCUGGCACAGCUAUCCCGAUCUGGGCGAUCAGCCGUCAGUGACUGCGGAAUCUCCUACGACCGACGACGACGACAACCGCCGGCAUCACCACCUCCACCAUCAUCACCACCGCGACGGUACCGCGAUGGCGUCCCGUUUGCCAAUGUCAAGUACGCCCAACCUGUGCGCCGACGGUUUGCUGGCGCAUGCCGACGGUGACUAUUUGCGCUCCAAAAAGCUGCUAGAUUCCACCGUAUCGUUGGACAGAUCGCACUCGCUGAAGCGCAUACAUUACGAGAGCGAGUCGGCUCUGAGUGCAGCCUCUUCGCGUGGUAGCAAUCUACUGAUAACCACCAGUUUCGUGAACCUUGCAGCUGCACCGACGCCCAACAAGGGCGUGCACUUUUGUCCGGUUGUGUCCGAAGUGAACUGGCGUGAGAGCUUCAGCAGCAGCAGUUGCACUGACGUCGGUGGCGGCGAAAACGACAAUGUUUCGGAUGAACCCCCGGAAACGGAAGACGACGAAGACUAUGACCGAAUUAGUGACGAAACCGACGAAAACAUUGACACGAUGGUAAUGAAACUGUUGACCGGUUUGCCAUCAGAAACCAGGCGUCCAAGUGUGGCGGAAAAACAACAGCUGCGCGAACGGCUGGACUUCAUCACGGGCGGCUCCCCACCAAUGUCGCAUAGAAUAAUUGCCGCGCCCACUAAUAAUAACACCGUGGCCACCGGUUCCAUCAGCAACAGUCGCAGUGUUCAACCGCGACCGAUCGAAGUCGAACCGCCGGUCGCCAUGUCAGCUAAACCGAAAACGAUCGGUGACAAGCUCGGUGGAUUUUUCCAGCGGUUCUCGUUGCGCAGACUGAGCGGCCGUCGAAACAAGGACAAGAAGAAACAAAAAGUGGAAGAAUGCAACGCAGCGGUGACGGUACAGCCGAGUAAUAAUAAUUGUAGGCCCGACACACCACCGCCCCCGCCCCCGGCGCAGUGUUACUGCAGUGUACUGUGUAAUGUGUGAACAUUAAUAUUAUAUAAACANUUACCCCCGCAACCCCCGUCAGCAGACGGCUACACAACGCGCCGGCGCCUCAUAUAUGACGAAAAUCGCGGUAGUCGACUGCCGCCACCGCCGGCACUGCCGACGGCCGGCAGUCGCGCGUCUCUGCAAUCGCGGUCGCCCGCCGCCGCCGUUGCAAUGUCCCGUCCGGAUCACCGGGCCGGUCUGCUGGAGACCGACUUGGACUCKAACGUGACUAGGACAUCGUCGUCAUCGCUCAUGAUGGGUGGUGGUGGUUGCAGCCCCAACAAAAAGGCCCGUAGUCUGCUCGAUCUGGGCGCUUCGUCGGCGAAAUUGUCUCUAGCUCCCAACGAAUCAAACAAAUCGUCCUCCGACGGGUCGUCAUCAAACGCAACCGAUUACAGGGCCAAAUCCAUGGAAUUUCUGUUGGACAAAGAAAAUCAAGCUGCUGUUCAGGCUCCAGAAAAUGAACUCCGUAAAGUAAAUGUCCACAGUGGAGAACGGAUACUCUCUGAACAUGAGUUGCGCAUACAKCGUUCUUUACAAAGACUUAAUCUUCCUGAAUGGUACAAGACGUGCAAUGUACCGGCUCAAGGAUUUAUUUUGAAGAGACAUAGUGAUGCUGGUUAUACGACCAGUAUGUCUAGCCUAUCGUCAAACCAAUCGCAGUCACCAAAAAUGUAUUCUAAUCACAAUAAUACUCUGCUUAGCCCCCAAACACACGCUGCAACUAAGAAUUUUUCACGUUGGAGUACUAGCCGCUUAAAUGGAUCAAAUUCAAAUAGUACAUCUCCUUGUAGUUCCACGCGAUCGUCAUUUAACUAUCGUCAACCAUAUUUGGGUUGGAGAUCUCAGGAAAAAUUGUCCAAACCUAGAACACCAGCUGAACGUCUUGCUGCUGGAUUACUUGCUCAACAACAACAUGAACCGACAUGUCAAACAAGCUUAUCUGAAGUGCAGUCAUCAAUUAAAGAAGUUACAUCAGCUAUAGCCAACUAUGUAUCAUCAUCAACGCCAGAUGGAAGUAAAGAAAGGUUGAAUACUGAUCACGAUACCCCAUCUAGAUGCCCGUCUUUCAAAGGUAGCACAGGUCGCUUAUGUUGGCUAGAAAGUUCAUUUGUGGGCAACAAGCGUCCCAGUUUAACAAGAGACACACCACCAUCAGAAUUAAGUACACCACCGUCACAUCGAAAAGCUACACCUAUUAGACAAACUCAAAACAAUGGCAGUUGGGCCAACGUUUCAGGUAACACGUCGGCUGUGGCACAAGCAGCAACGCCGACUGCAAAAGAUCAGCAUCAAGCGGCGGGCCCUCUGCCCUGUGGUUYGGCCGCAUCGAUCCGUUGCCGGUACUCGGAGUGUCAGCUGUCGGCCACCGUUUCCGAGGCCCGGCGCACGUACAAGAUGUGCCACAACUGCAAUCACAUGUACUGCUCGAAGCGCUGCCGGCGCGCGCACUGGCAGAACCACAGGAAAACGUGCCUGAACCGGCGCACGGCCGUACUGUGCCCGUCCGUCGUGGACGCGAUCCGGGCCAACGACCGGUGCGCCGAGCGGAUGUCGACGAUCGCCCGGCGCGGUUACCUGACGCACGGCCGYGGGGCGGUCAAAUGCUAUUUCUCGGGCGUCGAGCUGGCCGACAAGUUCGUGCGGAGCGGCGGCGACGAUUUGCAGUGCGAACCGGUGUACGCCAAGUGCACCGACAUCGACCCGGAACUGGAGGCGCUAGAACAGCUGUGCAAGACGUACAACCCGGACACGCGGUACGUGCUGCACGUGUCUGUGUGCGUGUUGAGCGAAGUGCCGGGCCCGGGACCGGUGCAAUGGGAGCGGCACGUGGUGUACAAGUGCGUCAAGAUGCACCUGCACAAGAGUCUGCGCGUCGCCGCCGCUCCGCAGUCUGCGGCCGCCGAAGCCUCUGAACCGGCCGCGGACGACGCCGGCGCCGUCGGUGCAGGUCCGGACACUCUGAUACUGACCUCGUUGCCGGGACGUGACCAGCGGGACGUGCGCACAUCACGCCGCGUGUGCUUCGCAAACGUGCAGCAACACCUCUGCCAGAGAGGCGUCGAGCUCCGGCACCAGUUCCCGGACGUGUACCGGAAGCUGUGCGAUUACGUGGACGGAGGCCCGGACGCAACGUUCACGCCGGUCACGGUGUACCCGCGGGACAGGGCGUCCGGCAAGACRUUCAUGUGCAUCAUCAUGCCGGACACUGAGCCCGAGAAGCUGAGUCUGUUGCCCGGUGACAGCGCCAGGGUGCAGACCAUCGACGUUGGUCAAGUGGCCGCCGCCACCGAUCGCCUCGCUCAUCGGUAAUCGUCGACCGUCGUUUUAUCUACACGGUGAUGGCUGUAGGGGAGGGGGUGUGUUUGUUCGUUACUCUUCCUUCCUCGCGGUGCACUCACUUACAGUCCGCCCUCAGACUUGGACGCUCACAUAAUAUAUAAUAGUCGUCUGGAURGCAGGUGAUUGAGAAAAUUUGUAAUAUUCUGUUCAACUUAAGAGACGUAAUCGGCGACCGACUUGUGUGCGCAGGGGCGUGACAAUACUACGCGGCUGCAGGUAUAUUAUACAGAUAAUUAUUGAACUUUAAUGACUGGGUAGGUGCGACAAGCGGGUGUUGCCUUAUUGCGGACUGACGAAAACCGAUCGGCGCCGACUACGUUUUCUAAGUCGAACAAGAAUUUAAUAUAGAUAUCCAUAUGGCCAUAUAAUAUUGUGAUGAUAUUUCGAUUAUGUUCGAAUUAUUUUAAUAUAUUUACACGUAUUACCUGUUAGUGCAACAGAAUGUGCGAUUACUUGUCACCACGUGUGGUUGAGUACCUAACUCGAUAAUGUAGUUUUAUUCCGACUUUGGGCUAUAUAAACACUAAGAACCUUAUAAUAAUAUUGAUCGAGGCUCUCCUGCAAUAAAGCAAUUUGCAUUGUCCUGCAGCAACCGUAUUAAAAAAAAAAAAAAAUUAGAAAGGAGAAUGUUAAUACCUACUUGCAUAUAAUAGUUAUUGACGGGGACACUAAAUAUAUUAUUAUUAUUAUUGUUAUAUUUUCCUAAUCUCAUCUGCAUUGACAAUUUACCAGGAUACUUUAUAUAAUAUAGGCAUGUUAUCCAAUGAUGUGCAUAUUAUUUAUAAUAUUUGCUUUUA